AUGCAGCAUAGCAGACAAAAUUCAUCUUGCAAUUAUCAAAGAUUUAUCAAAGCACUUUUUACUUUAAUUAUGCUUUCAGCGUCCUCAGAAGUUUUAAUAGCAUACUCAAAGCCUUCAAGUGUUACUGCAAAUUUGAUUUCAAAUAUCCGAUUAGAAAUUUCUGGCAUUAAUUCAACUGAAAUUUCUUUAUGUGAUUUUUCCCAAUUGGAAGAAGAAAUUCUAGCUCGGCCAAAUCUGCUUGCAAUUUUUGAUAUAACCAAUAGCCUAGAUUCUGAGUUCAAGAUCUCAAAACUCUGCGAAGAUAACUUUCUCAUACAUUUUGUGGUUUCUGACAAUUUGGUUUACCAUAAUAAAAAAACUUUUUCCCUCUCAUGCUCAAAACAAAUUUUAAGAGAGGCUUUUAUUGCUACUUUAGGCUACUUUAACUGAACUGAUGGGAUUGCUUUAACUACUGUAGAGAAAUACUCAGAUUCACAGCUUUUGCUCAAUGAUUACUCUAUUGAGCUGUUUUCACUUAGCUCAAAUAGCUCAAUUCAAAAUUUUGUGCAAAGAGACCUAAUGAAUUUAGGCUCGUCACUUUUUUAUUUAUUUGCUGACAAAAAUACUUCUCUUGAAAUCCAGCAAGCAUUAAUGAAUUCAAAAAUGCUGGCCAGUGAAACAGGAAUUUUGCUUAUCGGUGAAAGCAGUUAUGGAUCCACUGUUGAAGGAGCUCUAGCAGUUGUCGAAAAAGGCAGAGAAUUAGUUGAUUCUUAUGAAAAAUACUUAUCAGUUGCUUUAUCUGAAUUAAUUUUAAUUUUAAACAAUAUUUCAACCGUAGAUGAUUUAUGAAUCUUGCUAUCAAAAAUGUGUCCAAAUCAUUAUUGCUUCAAUCAAUUUUCUCUUAUAAAUAUCAGCCAAGGCCAAAGAAAAGUUGUAGGAUCCAUUGUAGGAAAAAAAAUUUCUAUAACCUCCCCUAUCAUAUUUCCAGGAAAUUUAGAAAAAACUCCAGCAUCUCAAAAAAAAAUUUUAUACAUCAGCGCAAACGACGGAAUAACUAACCCUGGCUCUGUGUCUGUGCCAGCAAUAAUACGCCAUUUAUGGGGCCUUACACUUGCAGUCAAAACUAUCAAUACCAAGUCUGAUAUCUUACAAAAUUUUCAGCUGAAAGUUAAUGAUUUUGACUGUGGAGUUAGUAUAUAUAAUGCAACGUUUUUUAAUAAUUGCAUAAGCAAAGAUAGGAAUAAAUUGGGAUUAGCCCAUAUUUUUUCUAUAGGGACCCCGACUGCUUACGGGGAAAUUGCUACACUGGCAAAAUUAAACAUUACUAUACCUUGUGUUGGAGCUAUAAACGUUGACCCAGGCCUUUCUAAUAUGACUCAAUAUCCAUUUUAUACACGUGUAAGCUUGCCAAGUAAUGUAUUAUAUGCACAGGCUCCUUUAAUAUUAAAAGUUCUUGGCUGGAGCAGCGUUGCAGUCCUCUAUCAAAAUGACAGCUUGGGAAUUACAGCCUAUCAUUAUAUUAGCCAAACCGCUGAAAAGCAAAAAAUAAAAAUUGUUAAUUCUCUAAAAAUAAUCCCAGCCCUCCUUAAUAGGGAUCAGCUAAAAAAUUAUACUAAUGUGAUACAAGAUAUCAUAGAUUCGCAUGCUAGGAUGGUAAUAUAUGUAUUGAAUCCUCCUUUAACAGAUUAUGUUACAGAAUUAUUCUAUGAUUUAGGCAUAAGAAAAGGGGAUAUUUUUAUUUACUCAGUUAUAGAAGUUUCCUAUGUUUGGCGCUGUAAGGCCGAUAAAUUCUGAUCGGAAUUUAUCGGUAGGUUGCACAAAUCAAUGCCUUGGUCGGACCCAAAAAGCGAUUUGGUCCGACGAACUUGGAAAGCCUGGGAAAAUGUCUGCGCUUUUAGCGCUAUAUAGAGGAAACCUCUAUAUUUCUGCAUGGCUCUCUUCGAUUGGUAAUAAAGAUGAUUAUACAUAUAAAAGACUAAAUAUUGCUGUGCCGUUGAUGACUGUUAUCCAAUCGGCAUUUGUUGACGAAAAAGGGAGAAAAAUUCAUGAUGAACUAUAUGCAGUUCAUGGAAACAAUGAGCCUACUUCUUAUAGUUGCUUGUAUUAUGAUGCUACUUAUUUGAUAGCAGCAGCUUUGGACUGGACCAUAAACCAAGGGAAUGAUUACACCAAUCCUUAUAUUCUUCAGGCAUCUAUUAGGAAUAUAAAAUUUACAGGGUGCAGUGGAAAAAUUUAUAUACAAAAAGAUAGUAAUGAUGUGCAAUUAACAAGUUUAACUAUCCAAUCAAAUUAUUAUAAUGCCUCAACUGAUAUUUUAACAGCAUAUAACGUAGGGUAUUUUACACCUACAAGCUUGCAAAUGCUGGCUAUAGAAAGUCCUAUUAUAUAUGCCGAUGGGACUACAAAUAAACCUGCAGACUUCAUAACCACAAGAACAAGCUGCCCAUUUGAUGAUAAAUUAAGGCGAAGAUUUCCUAAAGGCCAAGGACUGGCUUUUGGGAUUUGUUUUUUUGUAGUAUUAGUAACUGUAAUUGCCACUUUUUAUAUUUGAAAAAAGUGGUGGAAUAUAAACGUUGAGGAGCUUAUAAAAAGCGAAGAAAUUUCAGUUGAAGACAUGAUUGUUGGGGCUACAAUUGUUGUAGAAUUUUUCCAGCUGCUUUCACAGGGUCCUGAUAUUCGACCCUUGAAUUCUUUUCUUGCAAACAUAGGAGAUGCACUGUCGUUAGAUCUCAAAAACUUUUCGAAGCUUGAAGAUGGCGUUUUUUGGUGGUUUGCAGGCUCAAUUAUUACUUUAUGUGUGCUGUGAGCUAUUUUUUGCGUUGAAAUUAUUUUUCAUCUAGAUGAAAAAUUUAAUCGCAUUUGAUUCUUUAGAGAGUUGGGAGUCAUAGCUGAUUACUCGAUGCCAAUUUUAGGAAACUUGUGCUUCAUUCCAUUUAUAUCGAUCCUUUUGGAAAUUUUUGUAUGUGAUCACUCUAUUGGAAAUAACUGAUCGGAUAGCUAUCUCUCUGUUGAUUGCUAUCAGUUCUGUUGGCAAGGCAAUCAUCUUACUUUUGCUAUCUUAUCUGCGCUCUCAUUAGUCUUAUAUGAGCCUUUGGCUGUAUUCUGCAGACCUCUUUGGCAAGAGUUUCAGCAUACGUUGCAUGUGAAAUCAUUUCCUUUAUAUUUGAUGAUUAUAUUAUUGAUGUGUAUUUAGAUUUCCUAUUUUCUAAGCACCAUGCGCUCCACAGCGUUAGCUGUGGGUGGACUCUCUCAGGGCAACUUGAGUCUGAGUUGAAACCAUCCGAUUUUUCGGUCUAGGCAUUUCCCCAAUCGUCUUCCCAAUGUGGAUUGCCAUAAAUCUCCAUUUCAAACCCAGUGACAGCUAACCAAAUCCUUCUUAGCUUAGACCAGAACCCCCUUAAUCGGGAAUCAUCUAAAACUAAAGACCUUCGCCCUUUAGAUUUUUAUUGAGCCUGCCUUUCCUUGCUCACCUGGAUUAGCUUCAAAAGAAAAAUGCAUAGGCAGGGCAGGUCACUCAUCAGCGGCCAUUUUAUGCAUAUUAUAUAUGAUGAUAAAAACAAUUAUACAAGUGAUGCUCAUAGUUCUAAAUAAAACUAUUAAGAGGUCAAAUGAUAUUGCCCAUGGAUUUAUAUUUUCAUUUAUGAUUUUGCUUUAUUUAGCAUUCGUGUGGAGAUUCAAAGCUUAUAAUUAUGGAAGAUUCAACUGGUGGCACCAACUGAGUCUUGUAGGAGUUGCAUGGGUAUCUUGCCUUUCAACAAUAAAUUUCUUAGUUGAAGGAUCGAGUUUUCCAUGAGUUGCUCUAAUUAUAGCUGGAUGGGCAAUCAUAAUUCUUACAGGACUACUUGUCCAAAAGAAGAAAUAUCCAAGCUUGCUAUUCAGAAAGAAGGGAAAAGACACUUCAUCUUUAUUCAAAUUCGCAUUUACUUUUGGAAAGAAAUCUAGAACGCACCAUUUAAAAAUCGAACCUCAAACACUGGAUUUGUUUAAGUCAUAA